GAGUGGAGAGACGAAAUAGCCCCGAUGUUUCCGAAGCUUUUUGAUCCUGAGGAGUAAUUUAUUCUCCGCUCGUGGGAGCGAUAGGGAUAUGGUUGUGUGUGUGUGUGUGUGAGUGUGAGUGAUAGCAUUCCAUUGUGUGCAACGUAUGAAGGGAGUUGGGAUGGUCAAGGAAAUUGAAAUGGAUAGCUCGGCCGAUGUGGAUGCGUAGGGAGGAUUAACUGUCCGCGAGAGAGACUCCAGGAUCGUUCUUUCAUUCGAGAUUUUGUUCGAGGUUUGUUUAUAUAUUAUGUUAAGUAUCUUUCUUUGCUUCUUCUCAGCUCAGAGCCUCUUUCUUAAUUAUCAAUCUGUCAGGAUACGGGUUUUGAUACACAUUCUUUUGUAGAAGUUCCGCUCGUCGUUGUUGGAAUUUGGGUCUGGGGAUACUCCUCUUGAAUAGUUUCUCUACACAUUCUCUUGCAGUAAAUCAUCUUUACUUGUUACAUUCUUUUCUACACUGUUGGUUUUCGCCGUCAUGCAUCUUUCACUCCUUACCAUUUUAGCUUCUUCAAGCUUUAUUUCCGCAAGACAUCUACCUCUGAACUCUCUUUCAUCUGUUCGCAAUGCAGGAUCUUUUGGUUGGUCUGUCCAGGCCUCUACUUGUCCAGCAGGCAGCACAUCCUGUGGAGAUACAGCGGCUGGUGCAUGUUGUCCUUCGGGAAUGUUUUGUGCUACACCUGCAAAUUCGGAGGUUGCUGCUUGCUGUCCUUUUGCGGGAGAAUGCAGAGGUGUGAUUGAAGCAGCACCCAAAUGUGCAGAUGACUCUUGGAAUCUUUGGGAUGGAUUAGAUGGAAAUGCUUUUUGUUGUGAAGUGGGACUUUUGGGAGCUUAUGAUCACAUUUCUCACCGCGCGGGAACGUGUGUGGAGACUGUGGUGAAGCCUACUACUUCGGCAGUUUUGAGAUCAACUGGAACAGGUUGUGCAACUACAUCUUCCGUCGUAGCUACCACGAGCACUAUCUCUACUACUAUUACUUCGGCCCAGAAAACAUCUACAGCUGUGUCAGUGAAGAGCACCAUUACUUCCAGUGCUACUACUUCUACUCCUGCUUCUACUUCUGCUUCUACUUCUGCUUCUGCUUCUACUUCCGGCAAAAUUGUUGAUGGAAAUUCCUUAGUUGUCGCUGCAUAUUCCAAGACAGCAUCAUCAAUCAGUUCUAAGGUUACAUCAAGUGUAGUUCAACCAUCAAAAUCUGCAUCGACAUCUGCGGUUGCAACUGUAGCCGCAGCCCCUACGGGAAAACCUGUUUUCUUUCACUAUAUGAUAGGAGGAAUCAAUGAUGCUCAUUGCGAGCAGGAUAUCAUUGAUGCUAUUGCAUUAGGAGCCGAUGCUUUUGCUCUCAAUUUAGCCGUAACAUUAGAUUCUAGCCAUGCAUGGGCAUUGAACGCUGUCAACUCCCUUUUCAAACACGCUCAAACUCAUAACUUCAAACUUUUUUUCUCUUUCGAUAUGACCGGAUUUAACUCUCCUUCCCAAUUUAUCCCAAUCCUUAAGACAUACAUUAAAAACAGCGCAUACUAUACCUAUUCCGGACAGCCCUUCGUCUCGACUUUCAAUGGAGGCGCUUCAUCUUUUACAUUCGGUCAAGGCAGCGUAAACGACGGUUGGAAAAACGAAGUCCAAGCGGUCAUGACAGCAGCCGGUCAUCCCAUCUAUCUAAUCCCCGCAUUCCAAGACGUGGCCCCCUCUUCUUCCUUCUUCACCACCAAAUACCCAACAUUAAACGGAACAUUCAAUUGGAAUUCCUGGCCCACCUAUAGCGCUGGCGAAGCACACGUUGACACAAACGAAGACGAGGUCCUUCAAAAAGCCGCCAAAGCCGCCAAAAAAGGAUUCAUGAUGGGCGUUUCCCCACUCCAAUUCAAACACAUCGAUGGUUCGCAAAACUGGUAUCGACGCGGCGAAGCGAACCUCGAAGUGCGCUUCGGUCAAGUGCUCUCCCUCCAACCCGAUUUCAUCGAAUUUCAAACAUGGAAUGAUGCUGGUGAAUCGCAUUAUAUGGGGAAUACGUGGCCGGAACCGCUGGUCUCGAAUAGUACUCCCGAGGCCCUCUCGAGUAUCGAGUAUGAUCAUACGGGAUAUUGGCAGAUUUUGAAGAGCUUCAUCCGGGCGUGGAAGGAUGGGAAGACGAGCACUGCGACGAUGUAUCCGACGAAUGGGAAGGAUGCCCAAGGGACGUUUUGGCAUCAUACUUUGUUAAAGAAUGGAGAUUGUUCGUCGGAUUCUUUGGGGUUGAAGAAACCGGAUGGGAUUGAGGGCGUGGAGGAUAGUGUUACGGCGGUGGUGUUGGUGGCGAGUGGAGUUACGGGUAUGAGUGGGAGUAUUAGUGUAGGAGGGAAGGUAUUGGGGACGAAGAAAUUCGAGGCCGGUUUUAAUACGAUGGUUGUGACGAAUAUCACGACCGGAGCGGUAUCGAUGAGUGUUACGGAUGCGGCGGGUAAGGUUGUUGUGAGUGGCAAGGGGCCGUUGGAGGUGGUGAAUAAGGCGAACUUGUGUAAUUACAACUUCCAGGUUGUGGGGUUGAGUUAGAGAGGUAGAGAGAAGGUGUAGGUAGGAAUUUCGAAACAGGCUGGGGUAAGGUGAGGGGUAAAGUGGAUUUA